AGUAAUGGCGACCCAGACGUAAACAUACCGAGCCUUCGCACCGGCAAGGGAAUUGAAUAUUAUCUUUUACCACCAGUGGCUCCCUGAAUCCCUCAUCUACCGAAUAUAAGAUGGCAAGCUUAAACGGAUUACGACUUUUAUGCAAGGGAAUGGCCUCCCUGUCGCUGAGGACGCAAGUUCAGUCCUUUGUGGGAGGCUCGCCAGCUUUUGGCCCACUCGUGGAACAAGUAAGGAAACUAAAUGUACAUUAUGUUGAUCGACCUGCCCCUGGUGACAGGAAGAACUACAGAUUCAAGGUGCAUUAUCCUGAAGAUGGUCAAUACACUGUCAAGCCACUGAAAACCACAAAACUAGCUGGGCGUCACCCUGAAACAGGGCGUAUCAUUGUGGGAACACUUGGAGGAGGAGCCAAGAGGAAUUAUAGGUGGAUUGAUUGGUUCAGGACUGGCCCCAAAGAUGGAACCUUUUUAGAAGAAAGAGUUAUUCUGAUUCUGUACGACCCAAAUCGUUCAUCUCGCAUUGCUCUUGUUGGGAGUGGCGAUAAUCUCAGGUACAUCCUUGCUACUGAUAAUAUGAAGGUUGGAGAUCUUAUUAAGACAUCAUCUUACAUACCACGUAUCCCAGUGAGACCAAAGGAAGGCGAUGCAUAUCCUGUAGGAGCAUUACCUAUGGGGACAGUUGUAAAUAGUGUGGAGGUCUUUCCUGGUGAUGGGGCUCGGAUGGUGAAAGCGGCAGGUACAGGUGGACUGCUCAUGAGGAAACUUAGUAAUAAGGUGAUCUUACAGUUGCCUUCAAAGAGAGAAGUUGCCCUUGACCCUGAGUGUAUGGCUACUGUUGGUAUGUAUACUUGCACCUUUUAUGAGAGGUUGAACUACACAUCAAAGAAACACAAGAUAUUUCUCAGGGAUGCUGUUUCAUCUACAUAA